CCGAGCCCCCCCGGCCGGCCCCGGCCCCGGCCCCCCAGCUCGCGCUCGCUCCCCCUGGGCGGCUGGGUGGCAAGGGACCGAGCACCAGGCGGCGGGCGGCCGCGGGGCAUGAGGCGGGAGCGCGAUGUCGGUGCCGCUGCUCAAGAUCGGGGCCGUGCUGAGCACCAUGGCCAUGGUCACCAACUGGAUGUCGCAGACGCUGCCCUCGCUCGUGGGGCUCAACGGCACCGUGUCCCGCGCGGGCGCCUCCGAGAAAAUCACCCUCUUCCAAAGCCCAGAGGAAGGCUGGCAGCUGUACACCUCGGCCCAGGCUCCCGACGGAAAAUGCAUCUGCACGGCCGUGAUCCCCGCGCAGAGCACCUGCUCCCGCGAUGGCCGAAGCCGGGAGCUGCGGCAGAUGAUGGAGAAGGUUCAGAACGUCUCCCAGUCCAUGGAGGUCCUUGAGUUGCGGACGUACCGUGACCUCCAGUACGUGCGAAGCAUGGAGACCCUCAUGCGGAGCCUGGAUGCGAGGCUCCGGGCGGCCGACGGGUCCCUUUCGACCAAGAGCUUCCAGGAGAUGAAGGACAGGAUGACGGAGCUGUUGCCCCUGAGCUCGGUCCUGGAGCAGUACAAGGCGGACAUGAGGACCAUUGUGCGCCUGCGGGAGGAGGUGAGGAAUCUCUCCGGCAGCCUUGCAGCCAUCCAGGAGGAGAUGGGCGCCUACGGCUACGGGGACCUGCAGCAGCGGGUGAUGGCACUGGAGGCCCGGCUCCACGCCUGUGCCCAGAAGCUGGGCUGUGGGAAGCUGACGGGGGUCAGUAACCCCAUCACCAUUCGGGCCAUGGGGUCCCGCUUCGGCUCCUGGAUGACUGACACGAUGGCCCCCAGUGCGGAUAGCCGGGUCUGGUACAUGGAUGGCUAUUACAAGGGCCGGCGGGUCCUGGAGUUCCGUACUCUGGGAGACUUCAUCAAAGGCCAGAACUUUAUCCAGCACCUGCUGCCCCAGCCGUGGGCAGGCACGGGCCACGUGGUGUACAAUGGCUCCCUGUUCUACAACAAGUACCAGAGCAACGUGGUGGUCAAGUACCACUUCCGCUCGCGUUCCGUGCUGGUGCAGAGGAGCCUCCCUGGGGCCGGCUACAAUAACACCUUCCCCUACUCCUGGGGUGGCUUCUCGGACAUGGACUUCAUGGUGGACGAGAGUGGGCUCUGGGCCGUGUACACCACCAACCAGAACGCAGGCAACAUCGUGGUCAGCCGGCUGGACCCGCACACCCUCGAGGUCGUGCGGUCCUGGGACACCGGCUACCCCAAGCGCAGCGCCGGUGAGGCCUUCAUGAUCUGUGGCGUGCUCUACGUGACCAACUCCCACCUGGCCGGGGCCAAGGUCUACUUCGCCUACUUCACCAACACGUCCAGCUACGAGUACACAGACGUGCCCUUCCACAACCAGUACUCCCACAUCUCCAUGCUGGAUUACAACCCCCGCGAGCGGGCCCUCUACACCUGGAACAAUGGCCACCAGGUGCUCUACAAUGUCACCCUCUUCCACGUCAUCAGCACCGCUGGGGGCCCCUAGGGGCUGCCGUCGUCGCUCACGCAGCCACGUGAGGGCCACGGGAGCCCUUUCUACUCCGCCUGUGUCCUUCCAAAUUUAUCUUUCUGUCUGUGUCCUGCCCUCUCUCUCUCUCUCCCUCUCCCCUCUUGUACUGUUUUUUCUCCCUCCACCUUUGCGCCCAGCUUUCAUUCUCUGCUUCUGUUGUCAGUGCGUUUUCUCAGUAUUGUCUCUUCUUUAUUGAUCUCUGAUUUUGAUACUUCGCUUUCUGUUUAUUGAGCCCUCUCUAUCUUUUAUUCGAUGUGACUCUCCAGCUAUCUCUGCCUGUCUCUCUCCCUCCCUCCCUUCCCUCUUUGCGUCCCACUCAGUCCUCCUCCUCCUGGCUUCACGUCCCCUCCUCUCGACCCAAGGAGUUGAGUGCAUGGAUGUUUAUUUUAUUUACACCUUUUCUUUCCGGGUUGCUGGAAUAAACGGGACCUUUGACAUUUCA